GGUGGAGGAAACCCGAGUCCUAUAAGAAGCGCGCCGCCACGCAGGUGCAACAAGUGGAGGUGACCCGAGGCUGCAAAGGCGCUGCUGCAAGGAUGGAGGUGCUUUCAGUGCCAAGCCACCUUUCGUCAUCGCCACCAUCUCGCUCCCAGCAAGAAAUCGCACUCGGGAUCAAAAAUGCACACAACCUGGCUAUCAACAUGCAGGCUGGCGCAAAACAGCUGCUAGCAGACUACAUGUCUAUUCAGGACGAACCCUUCACAAAUGCCAGUUUCAACCCUCCCAUCGAGCCCUUCCCAGGCCUGCCGUCGCCAUCCCUUCCCGCCAGCGCCUGGCUGGACCUUAGUGACGCCGAGCGGCUGCAGCAGAACGCCAUGGCCUUCUCCAAUUUGCCAGAGUUCCUGUCCGCUGUCAAAAGCCAACAGGAGGAGAUCAACCCCGAUGCCUGCGACCUGCACCACCAGCUCACGUUUUCGGGCCUGCAGUGCCUUGGUCUGUCAAACCACCUUGCAUCCAUCAUGGCCUCCAUGGGCCUUGUACCUGCUCCGGGGACGCCGGCUGAGCCGCCGGGAUUUGGCGGCUCCUUUUUCAUGAAAUUUUCCGGCUACCGCGUUUGCCGUCUCUACCGGGAUUGGGUCCUCCGUUGCGAAAAGGACCUGGCCCUCCUGGCUGGCAGAUACCCUGUCCCCUCGCUCUGAGGGGAAAUUAUGUAGUGUCAGAUGUACCAUCCCAGUUGGCUUCUGUUUUUGUGUUGGUGAGGGGAAGUUAGGAGAGUAGUCAACUUUUUUUCUCUACCUACGGAAAGGCUGAAGGAAUGAAACACCCUUCCCUUGUGAGGAAUGCUUUUCUCAUGUAGCUUCUUCUUCUUCUUUGGCAAUCACUCGUAUCCGAGUAAGAUCAUCUUCUGUAAACACGGCUUUAACAAUGGGUCCGUAAGUGACUGUGGAGGCCAAUUCUGGAUCCACAUGUCCUUCCACAGUGGGGACAUUGGUUUCCAGGCGGGAGUUGAUCACGGUGUGGAUUUGCCAAGCGUGCCUUCCUCUUAGCACGUUUCUCCCUUGCGUCCUGAGAUCGAGUUUCUUCAAAGCCCAUGACACCUUUGGUAAAGGCUGCUCUCCAACUGGAGCACUCACAGGCCAGUGUUUCCCAGUUGUCAGUGUUUAUACUACAUUUUUUUAGAUUUGCCUUGAGAGAGUCUUUAAACCUCUUUUGUUGACCACCAGCAUUACGCUUUCCAUUUUUAAGUUCGGAAUAGAGUAGUUGCUUUGGAAGGCGAUCAUCAGGCAUCCGCACAACACGGAAAGGCUGAGGGAAUAAAACACCCUUCUCUUGUGAGGAAUGCUUUUCUCAUGUAGCAGCCCCAGCAAAGCAACACUGAACUGCCUCCAUCUUGCCUAUCUCUUUCAUAUUCUCAUUCUCGCCCUUCUUGUCUUAAAAAAAUAAAUUAAAAAUCCAGGAUAUGAAAGGAGAAAAUGUUUGCAGAUUUGGCUGUCCCACCUACCUGAAUGCCUUUGCUCAUUGUGAGAAGAGCGAGAUGGAGCUUCCACCCCACAGCAGCCAUUUUGUGAGAGCUACUUUGCCCUCUCAAUGUGGAAGAGGUUCUCAAGGGGAGCAGGGUAUCUGGUUCCAUUCCCCCCCCUCCCUGUAACACCAAUCACUAAGAAACAUGAUACUCAAAGGCAGUGGAAAGCCAGUAUAGCCUAUACUGUAUAGUGUCGAGGUCGAGGGGCCAAGGCUGCCAUGUCCAGAGCGUGGGGCUUCCAGAGAGUCCUGUGUCUCUGAAGCCUUUCAAAGAAAACAUUAUAACUCCAGCCUGGCAUGUGAGUCCCAUGCGCAGAGGGGACCAAGGGCAAGAGAAGAACUACCUUUUCUUGUCCUCUGUGUGGCGCAUUUAGAAAUUCAACAGGUAAAGAAAGCCUGUAGGCCCUGUAGAUGGCCGACGGGAGAAGCAUGAACCUACAACAAAGUUAUUCCUGUCACAGUUGUUAAAGGUGCAGAGCGGAGGUGGGGAAAGGUGAUUAAGAUGGCGCCUUUAUGCGCAAGGCUGUUUUGUGGCAUUAUUCCCGUUCAAUCUGAACCCCUUUCUACUGGGCAGUGAGACACAUUGAGAGAGGCUGUAUGGUAUAGUGGUUAGAGUUCAAAUCUCUUACUCGGGCAUGAAGCUUACUUGGGCCACUCACUGUCUCUCACCCUAACCUACCUCACAGGGUUAUUGUGAGGAUGAAAUGAGGAGGGGCAGAACCCCCGUCAGUGCUGAGUUAGUUCUCUCAAAAAAUUGCCUUGAGGGAGGAACCAUUACCUAUUUCAUGGUAUCUUGUUAACCCUUAAUAGCCCUUCUCACCCCACCCUUUUCUCCAGUUAUGGGGAGGAAGAGGCCUCUUUCUGUGCAAACUCUGGUUUUGAGAAAGCUGUUCUCUUCAGGGCUUUUGUCCCUGCCUUAGAGACUUUAGUUUCUACUGUAUGUGUUAUUUUUAUAUUAAUUAUAUAUGCGGAUAUAUAUAUAUACUGUAUAUAGCUGCAGCCUAAUUAUGUGAAUAUUGUUAAAUUAAACUAUUUUUAGUAGGAAGCGCAGUCGUUGUGACUUUUCUCCGCGACAGUGGGGAAUGGACCUCACGUAAUAAA